GUCGUUGGAUUGGCAUGGCUGUGAGCUGCUCAGCUGCUCUACAUCCAUGCAGCUCCUGCCUGGACGUCUGCAUUCUCUACAGAGAAACACAGCCCUGACACAGUGCCGGAUGGAGUAACAUUGAGCUGUGUUCUCACAGCAUGUUGCCGGGCAUUUGGCAGCUAGAGAGGGAAUAAUAAGGAGGGACAACCUUACCACACACUUGAGCGAUGUUCUGUGAGCUUCUCUCUGUCUCGUUUCAGAACGUCAGGCUUUACUGCACAGAGACCUGGGACUAAUGGAGGGAUGCCAUGAUGUUACUCUGCGUUUGUCAUGCUUGAAUCACAGCUUCAUAUAUCCUUUUGUGUCAGAGACCUUAUUGUCUUUGUCUGUCACUGCUGCCAGAUCAACUGUGGGGUAGUGUGGUGGAAAGAUCCCCCUCCUCAGCCCCCCUCUCCCUUGUUUGUGCCCCCGGCUUUUCAUCACUCCCAGCUCGCUCGUGUCUAUUUACCUCUCUUAAGCUACCCCCCCCUCUCUGUUAAGCUCCGUCUUUGGUUCUCUCCCGCUCCUCCCGCUCCUCUCUGCUUACUAUCUCCUUCGCUUUGCUCCUUCAAAGCAGGCAGUCUGCAAUUCUAUCCCGGCAGGUUGCUACAUGAUCUCCUGGAGAACAGUUUUUGCCGCUUCUUUGCCUCCUCUCGAUUCCUGAGCACUUGAAGAAUUCCAUCUCAACACCGGCAGGAUGUUCCUCCGCGAGGAUUGAUCCCCAUCCACCCCCUUUUACUUUCCCCUUCCCCUCCCUCGUCCUGAUCUCCUGCCCUCUGACCCUCACCCUCUUGUUCUCUAACCCCACCCUCCUUGUCCUACUCGCCCUUACCCAGAGCCUCUUUCCCCCAUAACCCAUUUCACCCUCUUGACCAUGUUGCCAUGUGUCUGCUGGCUCCAACUUAUCCUCAUCUUACUGUCCUCUGCCUUAUGGACCCGGGGGGAGAACUGCCCAGUAGCCUGCCUGUGCCCGGACCCUCACACUGUGGACUGCCGUGGCCGUGGGCUGACCCGUCUCCCCAAUGAAAUCCCCUUGGAUGUGCGCAGGCUGUUGCUGGCGGACAACUGGAUUCCUCGCAUCCCCUCGGACUUCCUGGUUCUGUACAGUGACUUGGUCUACCUGGACCUCCGGAACAACUCCCUCUCCAGCAUCGAACCGGGGACCCUCAGCACCUCCUCCAGGCUGGUCUUCCUGGACCUGGGCAGCAACAACCUGACUGAAAUCCCAACAGGGACUUUUGGGGAGUCUCGGAGCUUGAUUAAACUGAGGCUGGGCAACAACCCAUACCUGAGCAUGGUGAGCGAGGAUGCUUUCACUGGGCUCACCUCUCUGAGGGAACUGGAACUGGAGCGUAAUGCACUUUCUACGCUCCAGGUAGGGGCGCUGAGUCAGUUGCCAUCCCUGCGGGCGGUGAGGCUCGAGGGCAACCCCUGGCUGUGCAACUGCAACUUUGCCAACCUGUUCACGUGGCUGAUGGAGAACAGCCACAAGCUUCCAAACGGGGUGGAAGGUAUGGAGUGCUCCCUCCCCAUGGACGGCAGACGUGUUUCCCUGACCCAGCUCUCCAAGGAAAGCUUCCGUGAGUGCCAGGCCACACUGACUCUCACAGACCUGCUCAUCAUCAUUUUCUCUGGCAUCUCUGUGUCUGUGGUGGCCAUCAUGACAAGCUUCUUCCUGGCUUCAACUGUUCAUUGCUUCCAGCGCUGGAGUAAAGGCACCAAGGGGGAUGAGGAGGAGAGUGAGGAGUGAGAAGGGUUUGACUUUAAGGGCCUGCAUGGUCAUGGUACUUUAAACAAAAAGGGGACACCUCAGACAGUGCGUGCUACAUGUGACAAGUUUUAUGCUGCCUCCUGUCUGGUAUACACUAAGGACUGUUUACCGUUAGGAUCUUGCCCUGAUGCGGUUGGUUUUCUUUGCACAUGAAAUAUGGUAACAAAAGACAUUCCCAAGGAAUGAGCCAAAGUCCCAAUAAAAAAAGAGUGAGUGCCCUGCUGCACUUGCAAAAUUAUAUAAUAGAGAUCGUAUUUUUGGCUGUGAGAGCCUCUGGUCAUAUUUUAUGGCUAUUGGCUCUUGGCUCAAUGUUGUAGAAAGUACAUAAAUAUAGUGAGGUUAACACCAUUAUAAUAAAAGAGUAAAGAUUUAAGAAAAAUACUUGUUGCUGCAGUGCUGUCACGUUAGUAUAUGAGAAUAAGAUAACUUCUAAACCUGUAUUCAUAUUACAUUUAAAGUGACACCAAGCUUUGGGUAACUUCUCAGAUGAUUUUCAUUGGGCAGAAUACCUGAUCCCAUAAAACAAAGGAUGUCAAACCGACCAAGGACCUCAGUAAUUACCUGCCUAUAACAAGAUAUGCCGGCAUAUCCUGCCAUUUACAAUGUCUGUCUUGGACAGCCUAACUCACAUUCAAAAGUGGUUCACAAGCCACUUUGUUGGGCAGAUACUGUUGUUUCUUCUGCAUGUAAAAUUAGAUGGUGGCAAAGGUGUCAUUCAAACGGGAAAGGAUUUGGAAAAUGGCGAGAUGGUAUUGUACAGUAGGUAGCCGAUGUGCUGUAUGCAGGAAGUGUUUCCAGUUGGUCAACGCAAUCUUUCUGCAGUGUAUUCCUUAUAUAUCUACAAACUGAUGUACAAAAGAAAACAACAUAAGCUCUACAUCAAGAUAAUUAACUGUAUGUUCCUAGAUUGAUAACUGUGUAGAAAGAUAACAGUAUAAUCUUGAAAAUUAUGGGAGAUAUUUUAAAAUAGAAUCUACGUAUAACUAUUGUGUCAAUUAACGCACUUUAUUUGGUGAACCUAAUAUUGGCAAGCCCCUAAUUACACUAUGUAGACUGGUUUUGUCUCCAUCUGCCAAAGACUAGGUUUAGGUAAAGGAGAGAUUGCAUUAAAAAUACUUUGUUGUGGAUGGUGUGCUAUUUAGUCAGGUAGGGAUAGCUCUUUAACAGAAGGCAGCACUAUAGCCAAAUCACACUUUGUAUACACAUAUUAUACUCAAACAGUAAUGGUCUCCAAAGAUUAGCAAUUAGCCAUCUGUCUUACUUUGCUUCAAACAUAGGCUAGCAGUCUUUAACUCUUAUUAUAACAAUCACUUCAGAACAAAAUGGUUAUUUACUUUUAAAUUGUGGCGUGUGAGAGGUUUGUCUCUUCAGGAAUAAAUAGACACCUUUUUUUGUGAUUUUGUUUUAAGAUAUUCAGAACUAAUAAAUCAUGUACUAUCAGUUAGCAUCUGUUCUUGUCGAAAGAUCUUGCAGUAAAGCUAAUGAUUAUAUCUUGGAAAAGUAUCUUACUUUAUCAGCAUAUGGAUUCACAAUAAUGAAAGUAAAGUACAAUUUCAAUUAAAUAAAGCAGCACCCUGAAUAUUAUGGGCUUCUGUUUGUUUUUACGUUCUGUAUGUUCAAAUCCUCUUUCAUUAGGAAUGCUAAAAGUUAGAGUAUUUUUUCCCUAAAGCUAAGAUAUGUUGCAUUGCUUCUUGUAAGGCAUGAAUAAUUCAGCGAAGUUGAGACAUGAAGUAGAAAGAAUGCCAAGCUCCUUAAUGCGAACAAGGAGAUGAAAAAGACCUGUGAGCAAAAAGGGUUGUCAUUUCUGUGUGCUUAACAUAGGGUACAAAUAAAUUCCAAAUGUCUCACUUAAGAAAAAGCCAUGUGAAGCACAUUAAGCAGAAAUGACAAAAUGGAAAUAUGGCCUUAUUUAUUUUUGGUAUUUAUCAGUAAUAAAAGCACAAUGGUUUCACAGGAAAUAAUGUUAUUCUACACCCGUUUAAAGGAGGUGUCACAUCACAAAUUGUGACCAUCCUGUAUUGUCUUCAUUAAUGUGUAUAGUCCCACAUUGAGUUGAAAAUACUUCAUCUCAGGUGUAAGAUGUGUAUUGUGUGGAUGUCAUGUUUUUGCCAAAAUUCUAAUGGCUGAUUAAAAUUGUAAAUUCAUUUGUAUUCGAUGACAAACAUUAAAGGCAAAUACCAUUGCCAGUUGAUAUUCAUUUUCAA